AGCUUUAACUUGUGUUCCGCGUGUUGUGGGCGCUGAUGUCCCGAACUGUCAUUGGGUUUGACUUCUGCUACCUGGAAACUUUUUACAGCUUCGCCACUCAUUCAUCAAAAUGCUUCGGAACGCACUGUGCCGCUUGUCAAGCAAAACGGAACGCGUUUGUGCUGCGACGUCCGGUGUGGUGCGCGCGCUGUUCUCAACGGGGCCCCAGCAGAAACACGGUACCUUUUACGAGUUCCGAACAUACUUCAUCCGUCCGGACCAGAACUCAGCCUUCCUCAAGCUGACCAACGAGAAGAUCCACCUGCGAACCGCUCACUCUGAGCUCCUUGGCUACUGGAGUGUGGAGUAUGGAGGCCUCAACCAAGUCUUUCAUAUCUGGAAGUAUGACAGUUUUUCUCAGCGGGCAGGUGUGCGGGCAGCUCUGUCUCAGGAACCCAAAUGGCUCGGGGAGUACAUCUCUAAAGCCAUCCCCAUGCUGACCACCCAGGACAACGAGGUCACCUACCUGGUCCCCUGGAGCCAGAUCCAGAGCCCGCCCAAGGAGGGCGGGACGUAUGAGCUGGCCUCCUUCCAGAUGAAGCCAGGAGGCCCGGCGGUGUGGGGCGAGGCGUUUCAGGCCUCCGUGUGCGCCCGUGCGACCCCCGGCUAUGGCCACCUGGUGGGGGUCUUCCACAGCGAGUUCGGACCGCUCAACAGAGUCCACGCCUUGUGGUGGUACGAGAGUCCAGACCAUCGCGCCGCCGUUCGCCAUGAAGCGCACGAGGACGCCAGGGUGGUGGCUGCAGUGAGGGAGAGCGUGUCCCACCUCCAGUCCCAAAGCAGUAAGCUCAUGUUUCCCUGCAGCUUCUCUCCUCUGAAGUAGCACCAACUUGUCUGGAAACCAUCACUUCUCCUCAUCCACUGUGUAAUUAUGUCACGUCUAGGUUAAAUCAUUGCUGUCAAUCACAUAACAUUGAUAUUUAGAAAUUGACUCGCUGUUACACUACAAGUUUACAGUUACCUUUACUGGUACCGCUAUCACGACCAAUAGGAAACGUGCAACCGUUUCCUAUUGAUUAGUAACGAUUGUUUCUGGAUAGAUUAUUACCAACACAGGGCAAGUUUGUAUAGAAAGGGAAAUUAACUGGCACUUAUUAGAAUUGGCGAUUACAUCACUUUAGAGUAUUUAGAUAGUAUUUAGAGUAUAGUACUUUAGAGUAU